GUUAAGCGUGGGAGGGAGGGAGACCGGCUGUCAGAGCAAUACUAGAAGGAUAAAGAAAGGGGAGUGAGAAGGGAGAGAAACUGAAAGGGACGGGUAAUGGGAGAAGGAGGAGGCUUAAGAGAAAGAUAAAGAAAAGAGUGGGAGAGAGAGAAGGAGAGAAGCAAGGAGAAGAAGGAUACAGGGGGACUGUGGAGGAUGGUGUUUGUCUAUUCCAGAUACUUCUAAGUAUCUUUUGCUGGUGUGAGGCUCUUUUGCUAGUGGGAAGAUUCCGGGUCUGCCAGCGGAUUAGGCAGCGGCAAAGUAAAAUGGUCAGCGAGAGACAGACAUUCCAGCCACUUUUACGCCGCCCAGAGAUCCCGGAGCUGUUCUCUGGCCAAUUCGUUUCCCAGCUGGAGUCUUUGAGCGCGCUGGACUACAAGAGCCCAGGAAGCGCCUAGAAGAUAGCAGCUCCUCGGAGAUGCCUUCGCCUGAGCAGUAAGAACUUCCUGCUUGAGUCCCCGAGUACCCUUCCCCGUGAAACUCCCAGGGAAAGAGGGGUGGAAGACCCCAGGGGGAGGGGGGGGAUCCUGGCGCAGCCCUUUCUCCCCUCCCCCUCCCCCGCUGGGAGCGCAGGCAUGGAUGUGCUUAGCCCUGAUCAGGGCAACAACACCACGUCGUCCCAGGGUCCCUUCGGGGCACGCGGCAACGCUACUGGCAGUUCCGACGUGACCUUCAGCUACCAAGUGAUCACCUCUUUGCUGCUGGGCACACUUAUCUUCUGCGCAGUGCUGGGCAAUGCGUGCGUGGUGGCUGCCAUCGCCCUGGAGCGCUCCCUGCAGAACGUGGCGAACUAUCUUAUAGGCUCGCUGGCCGUCACCGACCUCAUGGUGUCAGUGCUGGUGCUGCCCAUGGCCGCGUUGUAUCAGGUGCUCAACAAGUGGACUCUGGGACAGGUCACCUGUGACCUGUUCAUCGCCCUCGACGUGCUGUGCUGCACCUCGUCCAUCCUGCACCUGUGCGCCAUCGCGCUGGACAGGUACUGGGCCAUCACAGACCCCAUUGACUACGUGAACAAGAGGACGCCCCGGCGCGCCGCUGCGCUCAUUUCGCUCACUUGGCUCAUUGGUUUCCUCAUCUCCAUCCCGCCCAUGCUGGGCUGGCGCACCCCAGAAGACCGCUCAGACCCUGAUGCGUGCACCAUCAGCAAGGACCACGGCUACACUAUUUACUCCACCUUCGGCGCUUUCUACAUCCCGCUGCUGCUCAUGUUGGUUCUCUACGGGCGCAUCUUCAGAGCAGCGCGAUUCCGAAUCCGCAAGACUGUCAAAAAGGUGGAGAAAAAGAGAGGCAACAACCCCCUUGGGGCGUCGCCUGCCCCGCAGCCCCCAAAAAGCGUAAAUGGUGAGCCAGGUAUCAGAGACUGGAAACAAGGCAUGGAGAACAAGGCAGCAGCGGCUCCGUGCGCCAACGGCGCGGUGAGGCAGGGCGAAGAAGGUGCCGCCCUGGAGGUGAUCGAAGUGCACCGAGUGGGCAACUCCAAAGAGCACUUGCCGCUGCCCAACGAGGCCAGUGCUGUCUCCUGCGUCCCCACCUCCUUCAAGAAGAAAAAUGAGCGCAACGCUGAAGCCAAGCGCAAAAUGGCCUUGGCCCGAGAGAGGAAGACUGUGAAGACGCUGGGCAUCAUCAUGGGCACCUUCAUCCUCUGUUGGUUGCCCUUCUUCAUUGUGGCCCUGGUCCUGCCUUUCUGCGAGAGCAGCUGCCACAUGCCCACCCUGUUGGGCGCCAUAAUCAAUUGGCUGGGCUACUCCAACUCUCUGCUCAACCCUGUUAUUUACGCCUAUUUUAACAAAGACUUCCAAAACGCUUUUAAGAAGAUUAUCAAGUGCAAGUUCUGCCGCCGAUGAUGAUGGAAGAGUAGCCUUCGAGGAGGUCUACUCCAUCUAACCUGCACCCCUUAGCCCUCUGGAAUCAAAGCCUUUGCUACUUUUCCUCUGACAUUCUCAGCUGCUCUGAGCGCUGCUUCCAGACGCCAAGCCCCCUCCCUCAGCCCUCAAUACUCUGCGGCGAAGGAGGGAGCACUGUGCAGAGAGCCUCCAGCCGCAGGGCAACUGAGUCUGGGAAACUCCCCGGGUCUCUGAGAUGCUAUCCAGGCUCAAACUUUGGCCUUGGAAUCAGUUUUGAUCCCAGCAAUUGAAACCUCCCUCUUCUGCCCCCCAGAUAUUCCCGGCGGAAGUUUAAGCCUCAGCUGUUCCAGGCAAAAAAUCCACUCUAAAAAGAAACUGUACAUCUAGCCGCCGCUCUCACAAAACGCUUCCACCUGAUCGCUUCACUGCUAUAACUUGAACUUCAAGUUCAGGACUUUGCUCAGUUCCCCAGCAACCACCCCCUGGCCCCGCCCACUUGCCCUAGAAAUGUUCAGGUUUUUUUUUUUUUUUCAAUCUCUUUCCUUAUUUCCUUUCCCAUCUUCCCUUUUACGCCCUUGCUAAUCCCUCGGCGUUAAUUUGCUAGUCGGGAAAUGUGGGAGGGUCUGCUUUUCCCUUUGCCUACGGGUCCUCUGGGAAUCCCCGCCUCCAGGUGUAGACUCGCAGAAUAACUCUUCCGCGAAGAGCGCCUUGCGUUGUUUUCUUGGAUUUAAAACAAGUGGCUAGAAGUUGUCUUUUACAGUGGACUUGUAAGUACAAGGUUGGGCCAGUGGGGGAGAGCAAGGGACUGCAGAACGAAUUUUUCCUUGCCUGCCUCGGUGUUGGCACUCACCAAAGAAACUAAAAAUAAUAGGGAAGGGAGAACGGACUUCUGUUUUUACAGGUUUCCGGCGGGUCCGUAAGUGGCAUCGCCACUUAUCUACUGUGGGAGGCGCCCGCCUGCCACGCUGCGCGCGCUGUGGCUCCUAGCGCUAGCGCCGGGGAUCCGCGUGCCUUGGCCUUCUCUGAGGCCGGGCGUGUGCCCCGCUGGCACAGGGAAAGCUAAUCCUGACUGAAGCUUUCCCUCUGCCUAGGCUCUAGGGCCCGCCAAAGCGAGGGUAAAAAACCCUUAAGGUUUGCCCAAGCGGCAUAAGGUCCAGCCAAGGUCUAGGAACCAGAAAGACCAACAAGUUCCAAGGGGUGGCAUUGUCCAAAUGGGCCCUGGAGCUCUAGCUGGCACUCCCCUGGGAACCUGAAAGGACAAUUUUGUCCAAAGGAUGCAGACUCUUUCCUCCUAAUUCGCCCCCUCGCCCUUGUCCUUUUCAGAUAGGGAGAUAGCUCUAUCUACUUCAUCCUAACACUACACAGGAUUUGUUUUACAUUUCCAGGACACUUAGUUACCAGGACGUUUUGAUUCCAAAUGGCCAGUCUGGGCUUUCAAUAGAAUAGCUCCUCCUACCCCCCAUUAGGUUUAGCAUUGUCUGUGACCACAGAGGCACUCACCUUAAAUACUGAGACCCUAAAGCACUAGUUGGGGAUGCUCUCUCUUUGGAGUCCUGGAAAAUUUUGCACAUAUACUUCUUGGCCUGACUGUCCUGCCACAUAGGUUUGCCGGAAACCUGCCUCUUGUAUUUGAUUAUGUGGAGCACACCAAGCUUUUUUCCCCUUAAAAGUUAUUCUUUCAGCCUUCCCACUCCUGAAAAAUCAGUUAUAACCUUUACUGCCCCCAGAAGGGAAGUUUUUCUUUUGGUGCUCUGUGCUCCAUUUGAAUGUAAAUUCCCAUCCAUGUGAUCAGGAUCAAGAGGUUUGUUAAAGUUGCAUCUAGCCUCUAAUUUUCUGAUGAAUAAUAGUUUCAUUUUCCAAUAAUUCAAAACGUUAUUGAUUUUUAACUCACUUCUCCCUUCAUGUGUACCUUUUGAAUGAUUGCAUUGGCUGUUUUGAGAACAGUGUUGCAAAAAUUGCCAAUGAGAAGUUUGCUUGUGUUAAAAUUAAGGGGAAAAAACAGUUCUAUCACUUGUAGACAUUUUCUUGUUUGUCGAGCUGAACAAAGCCUUCAUUUGGUAACUUCUCAGACUUAAAGUGAGAGUAGUCAUCAUAUCCUGGUAAAAUAGAGAAAGUAUAAGAACUUGGGGAACUCAGUGGAUGAUUUGUCUAUACAUAUGUGAUACUCAAAAGGGGCUAUGAUGGAUAAAAUGAGGGGGACUUCUCUAGUCAAUUUCUUUUUUGCUCACAGUAAUUUAAGUAGAGCUAUAUGAAAAAAAAAUAACUUUUCUGUAUGUCUUCCUAAAUUUUUAGAACAAAUUCUCUAUAUAAAAUAAUUCAAUCCCUAAAUUUACUCAUAUAAAUUAUGCCUUGGCCAGCAUUUGAAGUCAGGAGACUGCAAUUUAGUUGUGUCUUUUGCAGAUCUUUGGCAAUGGUUUUUGGGCAUUUGAUCUUCCUACUCUGGAGGAUUUACACAAGAGUGGAGAAGGGGCAUCCAAUUGGGAUAUAAUUGCCAAAGCAAUUUAGAAAUUUGAGGAAUAAGCACAAAAGCUGCUCAGCCUCUAAUGCUUUUUUUUUCUUUUAAAGUAUUGUAUUAAGGUAAAGUAAAUAUGCAUCAAAAUUGGCCUUCACUUUUCAUGUGCCAAUAAAGAACUUUAAUAAUGAUAAUGCCACAAUAAAGUGAUAUCAGUAA